AUGGCAGAACCGAUGAGCUGGGGGAAACAAACUGGAUGUGGUUUACUACAUAAUACAUGUACAGGGGGUAAUGAUGAAUUAAUGAAUCACACCAGCAUGUUCUGCAAGGAGAACGAACCGGUCUUGCAGUGCACAUCUGACCGUUUCGCUCUUGGAAUGUGUUCCUCCAAGUCACUGCCAGGUACCCUGCCUGAGGUGUACAGCUACUUUACAAAGACUGCUGGACAGAAUGAGAUGACGAAUGGCUGCCCCAUCAUCAAACCAUUAAAGGAAACUACGUGUGAGAAUGGUGAUGUUGCACUGAUGCCUGGAAGUAUUGUGAGCAAUAUGUCACGGUGUCUGAAUGUGAACAAACCGUUGGAGUUCAGCGAGGGAGUUCAGAAAAAUGGAGUGACCGUAAAGGGUAUUUGUGCAAAGGUAAAGUGUGAGAAUGGCAAGGUGAGUGUGCAAUACAAGGAAGAUACUACUGAGUGGAUUGAGUGCAGCGGUGAAAAC